GUAAAUCUUUCUCUUUUUUAACGAAAUGGUGAGUGACCCAUUGCAAUUAUACUUUGGAAGCGAGGCUGAAGAAGAGAUAUAUAUGGAUGGAUGGAUGAUAUGGAUGGAUGAAUUAGCAACACCAUUUUUUUUUUGCUCAACACUACAUUCCUAAAAAAAAAAAAAACGACAUUGAAGUUUAAAUUGGACAUGGCCAGCAGCACAUAUAUAUCCCUGAUUCUUCUUUUUGCUUCCAAUGAACCACAGAAAGAACCUACCAGACUUCACCAUAACAGAAAGAAGCGUGGACACGUCUCCGCCGGUCACGGUCGUGUCGGUAAGCACAGAAAGCAUCCUGGUGGUCGUGGUCUUGCUGGUGGUCAACAUCAUCAUCGUAUCAACAUGGAUAAGUACCAUCCUGGUUACUUCGGUAAGGUCGGUAUGCGUCAAUUCCAUUUGAAGAACAACGUCAACUGGCGUCCUAUUGUCAAUCUCGACAAGAUCUGGACUCUUGCCGGUGAAGGUGUUCGUGAACAAUACAAGAACACCGAGAAGGUUCCCAUUAUCGAUACUCUCCAAAAGGGUUACGGUAAGGUUCUUGCCAAGGGUACCAUCUCUCAACCCGUCAUUGUCCGUGCUCGUUUCGUCUCUGCUCUCGCUGAGAAGAAGAUCAAGGCUGCCGGUGGUGUUGUUGAGCUCAUUGCUUAAAUUUUUUUUUUUCAUUUAUAAUAAAUUAAACCCAAUUUUUUGAUGAAUUA